AGCGCGCUCGCCGCCCACAAAGAAGAAGAAACCGAAGACGCCCUAGCGCCCGAGGAGUCGCACCGCCGUAAGCUGGGCGACUUGCGCACCCAAGGCCGUGCCUAAAUUGCCAAGAAUCUCGCGGCUAUCUCCACCAUGGCUGGCAGGUCGGGCGAAAUGGACGUCUCCAAGCCUAUCAAGCACAUGUUGGCCUUCAUCGAGCAAGAGGCCAACGAGAAGGUCCAAGAGAUCGACGCCAAGGCCGAGGAGGAGUUCAACACGGAGAAGGGCCGUCUCAUCCAGGAACAGCGCAUCCUCAUCAUGGACUCGUUCUCCAAGAAGCAGAAGCAGGUCGAGCGCCAGCGCAAGAUCCAGAGCUCGCACGUGAAGAACGCGGCGCGGCUGCGGCUCCUGGGCGCCAUGAACGAGCACGUGACCAAGGUGCUCGUAGAGGCCAAGUCCUACCUCGGGCAGAUCUCGAGACAGGGCGAGCACUACCAGUCAGUUCUCGAGAAGCUCGUGCUGCAGGGCCUCUUGAGAAUCAUGAAAGAGGACGUGAUGGUGAUCUGCCGCAAGAAAGACGUGGCCCUCGCGAAGCCAGUGGUGGACAGCGCGGCCAAGAAGUUCCGGGACAUCACCAAGCUGAAGGUCAAGGUGUCCGUAGACCCGAAGAACUUCCUGCCGGAUCCCUGCUUCGGCGGCGUGGUGCUGGCCGCGUCCGGGGGCCGCGUGAUCCUCUCGAACACGCUCGAGAGCCGGCUGGAGCUCAUCUCGCAGCGCAUGCUGCCCGACAUCAGGAGCCGUCCGCGACCUGGUCGUAACCUGUGCCCAUGUUCACAGAAAAAUUGUCACUGUGGGGCCGUUCGUAAGGACAAGUGAGUGUGGCCGGCGGGUUAAUGAAGAAUUCUUGGGAAAGAAAAGCUUUCUGAAUACGACCCCUAUAGCC